AUGCCACCAAAGAAUGCAAACAAAUAUGCUAAGACGAAUUAUUCAUCACCAAUAAGUUUAAUUGAUACAUAUAGCAGUCGACGUCGUCCUAUUGUUAACAAUACUUUUGAAGAUAUUAAAUGUACUGAAUUACGAAAAUUACCUGAAAAUGAAUCAGCAAAAAAAUUCGAACAAAUUAAUUUUCAUGAAAUUAAUGAAAGAGUAGAAAAUUUACGAAAAAAACUUGAAAAAACAAUGAAUGAUUUGCCGAAUCAGUCACCAAAAAAAUCGUUCGAUUCUGAAAAUGAAAAAGCUGAACUAAUAAGGGAAAGUCGAAAACUUGCUGGUGCAUGUAAAACAAUGCUAACUGAAAUGCAUGAUGUUGGAAGUGAUAAUUAUUGGUCACAAAUUAUCAAUGAAGUAUUGGUAGCAGCUGAAGGAGUAACUCAGAUAACGGAACGAAUGAUUCAAAAAUCAAAUUCUAUCUUUCAAGCACAAUUAAUGGCAGCAAAAACUGAACAGAUGCUUAAAUCACUUCUGGAGGUAUUACAAAGUAUGGAAGAGAUGCAAACAAAAGAUGGUGACAAUAUGAAACUAUUAACAGCACGAAGCACAACGCUAACAGCAAAUGUACGACAAUUGCUAUCAACUGUACCAUAUGCAUAA